AUGGACAAAGGCCUCAUGCUCUCUCUCUCCGAGAUUAACGAUCUAGAUUACAUCGCGAGUGCUUCUAUCGUACUCACCCUCAAACUUAUAUACAUUGGUGAUAGUACGCUUGUUUCAUUUGCGCGCUGCCCGUUACCGAGCACAUCAGCGGGUAUAUGCGUCACAACUAACAGAAGCGACGAGGUUGCAUCAGAGAGAGCGUUGUUUGAAGAGUGGGGUGGAUCAAGGGAUGGUCCUGGUGUCGUCGAGACAGAGGUCACCGGUGCUUCUCAGGAAAGAGCAUGCUCCCUAAAGGUGGUUGUAUGUGUCCGUAAGGAAGGCAGAGAUGUGUGGUGUGUAACCCGCCUUUGGCCAAGAGUUGAGAAAUCGAUGUGGGGAAUCGGUGGAGCUGCUUCCUGCAGGUCCCCUGUGGAUAUGACUUCCUCUGCCGAGUCGGGAGAGUCAGAGGGUGUCAACGAGGGUAGCGAAGAGGUACAGUCAGGCAGGACAAUGGCGCUGUCCUGCAUGGGGGGGUUUCAAUGGGGAAGGGAUCUGAGAGCUGGAGGCAGUUUGGAAAGAGUUGUGGGGGUAGAGGAACAAGGUUGGAACCAUCGUUUUCGUCGCUUGGUUGGGGUUAUAUUCCCACCUUUUGACGUCGAAGGAACUAGUAAAGAAGUCAUGGGAUCAGGUAUGGUUGGGGAAGUCAGGGUUUCACUUGGGGUUGGGGAACUUUUCUGGGUAUUGGGUAUCCGUUCGGUGUUACGUGGGCAACAUUAA